UGUACAGCAUUGAUGGUUAAGAUUUGCUAUUAUCAUCACAAGGUUGCCUGUUCGAUUCUCCAUAUUCUCUUAUUUCUUUUACCCACAUCCAUGUAAUCAUGUUUCAGCUACGCUUGUGGAACGACGUCGUCCUUGGGACACUCUCGCUUUAGCAGCAAGCACAAACGACGACGUUUGUCAUGUCUCAUCGUCUUCCCUGGGCAGUAAUUGGAGAUAACCAUGGUUUUGAUGGUUGUUGGGUUUUGAUGGCUGUUGGUGAGAUAAAUGGUUAGCUAUGGGGUAGCUUGGGUGAACCGUGAACAGAUAAUGGCCUUUUGGGUAGUCGAAUUGGGGUGUGGUAUGUUGAUGAUACAGUAAUUUGAACCAAAUUAACAUGAAUUUUGUUUCAUAACUUUUCAUUAGGCAACUGAUCCCAUUUAUAAGUAAUAGAGAAAUGUUUCGAUAAGUAUAGAAAGAUACAAGGAACAAUUCAUUAAGAAGGGUAGAACCCGUCAAAAAAGCAUUGUGUUCACUCACUUAGUACACUUGCAUAACAAGAGACAUAACAUUAAGGCGGACACUAAGCAACUUUAGUAGAUUCUAUUGACAUUGCUGAAAUGGUAUUCAGUUUCCGGGAGGAAAAAAUAAUUUUACCAAUAACAGCUCAAAAUAACUCGACACAUUGUUCCAAGGACCCAAUGUGACCAUAAACUCAUAGGAGUUUCCACCAAUCAAGUUGAUAAGGGUAACGAAAUCGGCAUUGGCCAUAUCUUUAUCACUUACUACAUCUGAAACGAUUUUGCGCAAGUUUGUCGAUGGGAAAACAACCUCAAUAUCCAAAUAAUCAUCCUCGAUAGUUAGGUGGAUCAAAUGAACUCUACAUUCAGCACACCAGGAUGUCUUCACCUCGCCGACACGUCCGGAGAUGAGGUAAGCAGUGCCCUGGUGUUUAAAACAAGAAAAGGAAUUUAAAAGAAAAUUAACAAGCAUUAACAAACACAAUAAUUGCAAACGAGAUCGAAAGGAUGAAUGACAAAAAAGUUAAUUUCAAAUUUUCAAUAACCUCAUCGUCACCAUUCUCUUGCAACAAUGUAAGAUCGAUUGAAUCCGACAAAAUAGACAUAUGUACUGCUUCCUCAUACUUCAGCUUUGCAACGAAACCAGGCUCAACCAGAAAGUCGCUAUAAAAAAAACCGUUAGACGUUAGUAAUGGCUGACAAUAGGAAAAGGAAGCGGAGUAGACUGUCGUAACGAUUAGUUGGUAAACAAUACUUACGGGUACCAUUGCGAUAUAUCAUCCAUUGUCAGAAAAUUACAGCACGGAAACCCUACUCAAUUUCUGUUCUUGCACGUACUGUGGAUGUUCAAUAGGAGUAUAAGAACACAUUAUGAUCAACUAUUCUAAUAGAACGUACCAAAUAGUUAACAAUCAAUUAAAGAAAAGUACCUGCGGCGGUGGAAACGUGGCCGGCGACACCGCGUGGUUAUUUGAGCAGAUCGGGAACGAGUCAGCGGCGGAGGUGGCAAGCGACGAUGGUGGCCCGCUCUUCUUCCCACAACCGACGUGGUUAGUCCGGGCGACUUUCCUCCGCUCUUCUUCCCACAACCGCUACAGCGAAUCAGCGGCGGAGGUGGCAGGCGACUAUGGUGGCCCGGAGGAGGAGACCGCUACUGAGCGACCAGCGGUUGCUUGACAGGCGGAGGCGGAGACAUGCAACGGAGGCGGAGAGAGGAUGAGGGCGGUUGAGUUUGAGUAUGUGUCUGAUCAGUUUGAAGGAAAACCGAAAAGGUAGCGCAUGGGGAGGGGAGAAAAAGCAGAAGAUAAAUCGUUUGCUAGAUUUGGUAGGUAAGUAGUCUUCCAAUUUUCAACUUUGCCAUUAUUGUUCUCUGUUUUAUUUUAUUUUUUACAAUUGAUUAUUGUUAAAGAGACAAAGGGAGGGCAGGGGCAGCCGCCGAUCUGCUGGACUAAGCCCUAUUGGGCCUGGUACAAAAGGCCUGCUUAGGUUAGUUUUGUGUUUUAAUUUUACAAGAACUAAUUUUUAAGUUAUAAAUAAAAAAGUGUUUGUAUAUUGAAUCAAAAUCCUUGUAUAGCAUGAAUGGUGAACAAUGCCCUUGGUAACCACCAGGACGCUGGUUCGAUCCUCAUACCAUUAUAAUUUUUUUUUUCAGCUACACCUAUAGAACGACGCCGUUCUCCAGGCCACUUUCGAUUCAGAGACGAGCACAAAACGAUGCCGUUUUUUCAUGUAUCGUCGUCUUCCCUAGCCCCCCAAAUUCCCAAUUAUCCAGUUGCCGCCGUCACCACCGUAAUCCGACGGCCGUCUCUCUUCAUCGUCCAAACUUUCUCACUAUUCUGGACUCCGACCAAGAGAAUUCCCUUUCAUGUAUCAUCGUCUUCCCUAGCCCCCCAAAUUCCCAAUUAUCAAGUUGCCGCCGUCACCACCGUAAUCCGACGGCCGUCUCUCUUCAUCGUCCAAACUUUCUCACUCCGUUACGAUUCUGGACUCCGACCAAGAGAAUUCCCUUGACGAGACCCAAUCCCCUCUCUCUAUUUCAGCCUUAGUCAUUGUUUACAGGACGUAAAGGUCAUAGUCUUUCACCGUCAAUUGUUUCGGAUUCGUCGCGAAAGGGUAGUUGUCAUCUGCGACCUUAAAAACAGAUGAUGAUGAGCCAAAGUCGAUGUAGAUCAGAAGCAGGGACGAUGAUGAUGAUGGACUGAUGGUAAAAUUAGUGGUUUGCAAUUGGGGUAUCUGGAAAAAUCGUUAUGACGAUGAUGGUGGUUUAGGAUUGUCGAAUUGGGGCAACCUUUUAAUGGAACUUUAUUUUAUCAAUUGUAUAAUUUUUGGGUGUUCAUUAAAAGAUCUAGAAGAAAUGAGGUAUCAUCUGAGUCCUCACAAAAACGAAUAGGUAUCAUGUGAGAAAAUAAAACGCAAAUUAUUAUUGGGGGGCUAUAUAGCACAUAUAAUUAUUUAAGGGGUGCAAUUAGUAAUUAUUAUUAGUAAUUUUAAUAUAAUUUAUAAUGACUGUUAGAUUAGAUCUACGGUAGAGAAUCCUGUCGCAUAGUAUGUGUCUGACGCAUACGAGUCGUUUCCAUAUAUAUAUAUAUAUAUAUUUAUAUAUAUAUUUGUGUGUGUUAGUCUCAUUUAGGUUAAUCUAGAUUCUGAAAAUUUUCAGAAGCACAUUUCAAAGUAUUUUCCCUUGCUAGUGUACACAUUUUAGUCUGCAAGAUUAAUGCUUCCGAGUAACUCAGCCCACAACUCGACCGACUUGCAACUAAAUUGAACUGUCACUCCACUAACCUGUGACCUGACAAUCCAAAUUGAACCUGCCCUCUUGACCCAAAUAUAUAAAUUACAAACAAAUGAUCGUUCAAAAAGAUAAUGAAUUUGAUGAAGAUUUAAAAUUCACGUAUCAUAGCCGACACAAGGGAUGUCCGGUUAGGUGCUAUUCUGGAAGAAAUAUGUUAUUUUUUUCGCACCCAGCCUGGUUUUAGUGUGCGCUUUGUAGGUCGGGAGAACAAUAGGGUAGCUCAUUCGGUAGCUAGGAAAGCCCUCUCUUUGUAUCCGACUACAUGUCACUUCUUUGAUUUCCGGGCCUGGCUGGUUUCCAGGAUGUAACUAUCUAUUUUCUUUGAUCAAUAUAUGAUAUCUUUUGAC